AAUCAAUUCAAGGAAGCCGGAAUCCAACGACGUCUCCCGUAGACACCGACGACUGCAAUCCGUGUCUCUUGUCAACCUUGCGACCUCUCGAUACAUACAAGCCGACGAAUAACGACGCUCAGCCGAACGGCUAUCCGCUACCAUGCCCGUCCCUUUCGAAACCCUGAUUCCCUAUGGAAUCAUGAUUGCUAUGUUCGGUAUCACCGGUACCGGACUGCACGUCAUCAAGGGCAUUCAGAACGGCGGAAAGAAGCCCCGUUGGGGCUUGGAUCAGUGGGAUAGGCAAAUGAUGGACCGGGAUCGCAGACUCACGGGCGAUCUGCGGGGACAGAUUGCCAACCACGAAGCGCCUCCAGGCUUCGAACUGAACCACCCCUGGAGAUUGGAGAAGCGUAUGACAUAGAGGAUGGGGUUCAACAGAAAACAUGUAUGCUACUUUGCCUGGAAACCAUGGGGGUUUCACUAUUCAUCAUCCCUUCAGCCACCCAAUGAAACUUUUAUUUCCUGUUCAGUCUCAGAACUGCUGCCGUAGUCUAUGCGAUUAUUGAGUUAAUCGUGCCGGUCACGUCUAGUGGAGGGGUGGGAGGUGGGCC